AUGUCUGCAAGAUACUUUGAUGGAACAGAGGUGAGUGUUUUAUCUGAUAUUAGAUUUUUUGCUUUGAUUCCGAAGCUGUGCAACGGAAUUUUUAUAUUUUAGGUAUUAAAUCUGGGAGGGGUAAGGUAAAGUUGAAAUAAGGCGGGUUUAUGGCAGUAAAAGGGACGUUGAAAGGAAGAGAUCGGGAAUUAAUAAUGAAUUUGAAGUCUAGCUGCUAUAAAAGACAGAAUAAAAGCUUUGUCGGCCGUUUGUUUCAAAGUAGGACAUUGAACUUGGAUGAAAGUACAACUUUUUCUUUUUUCAUAAAGAAACUUGAAUCUUAACUAUUCUAGAAGCUCAAUUGUACAUUUUAGACUGUCUUCCGGGUUAUAUAAUCUGAAAGUUGAGUUAAUAUAGCUCGAAACAAUCUUUUUUUUUUGAGUUUCUACCAACACUUUGUUAUCUAAAACGAUUUUGCGAUCUAAAUCUCUGGUCCCAUCUUACUACUCCGUAUGAGCCCUUUGAACUUUUCACUCUGAAAUCUGACGAUUUUUCUCAAUCGGGAAUUCAAAGUCACGAUGAUAAGACCCCGUUGUUGAUAAUGCGUAACUUGUUGUUUUUGGAGAUAAAGAGCGCUCUAAUUGACGGGCGGGUAUUCAAAAAGAACCUUGAUAUGUUUGAAUUGACUUGAAAUGAAGACGGGUAAAUGGAGACGAGAUGUUUCGGGAGUGAGUUUCACUUUCCUUUACAUGGGAGGACUUUGAGCCGGAGGGGGUAAAUUUGUCAAUUUUGUAAUUAAUUGACCGGCUAAAGUACAAACAGAUGGAGGAGGGGCAAAACGACUCUUUAAUUGUUGGUUUUAUUCCAACAUUAAAGUGGAAUAAUGUUAGUUUAUACUGAAAACUCAUGAUUUUGCAUAAAAUUGUUCAACAUAACGAUAAAAAUAGUCUUCAUAUAACGAAUAUCCGUUAUAUGAAGACAAUUUUUUUUGGUUCCCAGUAUAAAAAUCAGACUGUGUUUACUAUUUUUUGCAGUCUAGACGACAGUUUCUAUUGUUGCAUCUUAAAAUUAGCUAAAUUUUUACAAUUUUUUGGGCAUUUUAAGGUGUUUUAUAUAGAAAAGGGUCGAAUUAUGUCUAAAAACCGCUAUUUGGGGUGGAACUAAGUCUAAAAACAGGAUGUUUUUCCAUAUACUCUGCUUUAAAGACAUCGUGUGUGGAGUAGAUUUGUGUAGUAUGGAGGAGAACAUGGGAAUCUUGGGCCCGUUUUACCAUAAAUUGCAAAGAAAAAGUUUAUUUACCUAGUAUUUUGACCCCAAUUCUGGGUUUUGUAUUUUCUUGCGAUUACGAAACGCCGAGAAUCGUAUGAUCAAGUUAGGGAUCCAUUUUUUGGUCCGCUGACUAAAAUACUUUUGAUAAAAAUGCGAUUGACAUUUGAGUUUAUACGAGAGAGGGAAUCUAUAAUAUGAAUAAAAAAUCUUGGAACUUCCAUCUCAGGAAGUAUAAUGUGAUGCUACUUCCUGGAAUAAAGAAAGUUUCAGGAUUCUUUUGGUUGUACAGUGGGGGACCUGAUCCAGUGGCAAAAAACGCACCAUUUUGCAUCCAGGAAGCAUCAAAAAAUAUGGCAAAAUGCUUCCCUCUCCAAGUGAAAAAACUCAGAAUUCAAAAGCGCGCAGGAAAAAGGGCGCGCCCUUCAAAACGAAGUUUUUUCACUUGCAGAGGGAAGAAUUUUGCCAUAUUUUUGAUACUUUCCGGAUGCAAAAUGGUACAUUUUUUGCCGUUUGAUCAGGUCCACCACUGUAGUAUGGUAUCUUAGGGAUAUAUACUUAAAAUGUGAUAUUCCUGCAAGUUCCUUUCCUUGCUGUCAUUUCCUUUCAAAAUUUCCGACGUUAUCCCCUAGAGGGAUUAGACCUUUUUCAUAGAUGAAAUAAACAAAAACACGCAAAUAGCCCAACAAUUUUCCAGUCUAGCGGAGGAGUUAUCAAUUUGUCCGGGGUAUUUUUCCUAAAUAUUUUUUUGAUUAUUCCUGAUGUCCCAAACUCAGGAUGGUUAGUCAUUACAAGUUAGUCACGGAAAGAAUCCCAUUUACGAUUUGUUUACAUAUUUCGGACAGGGGUUUCAGUAGAAAAGGUUUUAACAUUUCACCUCUGUUUUUCGACAGAAAAUUGAAUAAUACUUUAGAAAAUUCAAAAAAAAAAUAUUUUUGGGAACUUCAGGCCAUUCGGAUUCCGGAAGUAGCGCGUUCUUUCUAUAACUAGGCUAUUACUCUGGCUAAAAUGCAUAAACUUGGUUGUGUAUUAUAUUCGUGCGCGUUACUCCCUAAAAAUUUGCUAUAACGGAAAAAAUUUCUAGAUGACGUUGUAAAAGCGAAAAUUCAUUCGAUUUAUCAUCAAAAACUGGUCACGUGGUAAUCUUUGAGAGAUCAAGACUUGUCUGGACGAUAUAAAAUAGCUUAUUGCGAGAGAGAUUAUUAACUCCGGCCAAGUUACGGUCCUGAUCCAGUGCUAAAGAAUAUAAUUGGAAGUAAAGUGGAGAAAAAAGAUCGAGUUCCACUCGUCAAUGACGAAUAGGGCCGAAAUCGGUAGUAAGAGAACAGGGACUCGGUGAAGUACUGUAAAAGUGCAUAUUGAGCACACCCGCACCUCGUGGAAAGUACAAAAAUGCUGAUCGCACCGGUGAGACGGGCCCAUUUUCAACGAGCUCGUGUGAGUUUUUUUUGUCUCUUCGAUGUUUCCUAACCAUCUCCCCCCUUUCCUUUCUUCUCCCCGUCUUCUCUCUAAAUGCACCAAAAUGGAAAUUCCCCAACCCUCGUCAACCGAGGGUUCGACUGCACCUUUAACGCAUGCUAAGCCCUCCAGGUUGUUCCUGAUUCAAAAAAAUUGACCGCCGAAAAAGAGCCUAUUAGGCAAAGCAGGCUUUAACCGCUUACGGACUGUUACUAGUUAAGAUGGAUAAGGAAGCAUGUGAUGGGUUGAUAGAUUAUGGUAGUGAGAGGUCAAAGAUUACGGUACGAGGUGUUUUUUGAUAGAGGUGGAAAGGCGUUGUGUGCAAAAAAAGUGUAGAGAGACGGUAUAAAAUUGAUUCUCUCUGGCGGCCAUGACCAGCAGCGGUCAUGUCUCGAAAGUAUCGGUUAUGGCCGAUUUUCAUAGAUAGUUGCUAGUCAUUGGAAUGGUGUAGGUAUCAAAGCACCUGUUUAAAGGAACUAUUCAUGAUAGUGGGCAAUUACCGAUUCUUGUGGGCCGUAAACGCAGAUGACUGCGGGUAGGACCGUACUCGGCGUUCAAAUAAUAAAUUCAAAAAUUUUGCGCCCGGGCGAAAAAAAUUUGUCCAGCUCUUACAGUGAGGGACCUGAUCCAGUGGCAAAAAACGUACCAUUUUGCAUCCGGGAAGUAUCAAAGACGUGACAAAAUGCUUCCCUCUCCAAGUGAGAAAACUUAGUUUUGAAGGACGCGCUUUUGAAAUUGGAGUUUUUUCACUUGGAGAGGGAGAUAUUUUGCCACAUUUUUGAUACUUCCCGGAUGCAAAAUGAUACGUUUUUGGCCACUGGAUCAGGUACCCACUGUAUUUAUAGUGUCAAAAGCGGUCUUAAUGUACGCAAUUUGAAUUUCAGACCGAGCCUUCUGAGCGAAUCAGCGCGCACUCUUCGGAAGAUGCCGGAGAAUCGGGUUCGGUUCCGCUCGACGGAUCACCGCUUGUCCUGGACGAGCAUUCAAGACUGGAACGCAAAAUCGCCAAAGUCCGCGAAAAAAUCACGUGGAAUACGAUCGCCCGCGAAGGAGACGUCGAGGAAUACCUUCGCAUCACAAACGGAGUCGAGAAUGUCGCGGACAAUCCGCAAUUAGCCAGGAUUCGACAACAUUUCGAGAAGAAGAACAAAAAAUACAGCCAAGAAGCAGACCAGUUGCAGAAAAAGUUGGAUGAACUUGAGAGAAAACUGGAGGAAGUGGAUAAUGGGACGGACGUCGGGAAACCGGGCCAUCACAGGAUGUUCCAUAAUGUUGGACAUGGAAUAAAGUGAGUUUUGAGGGGAAGAAAAACAUUUUGACAAUGGAAGAAGGGCGUUGAUAUUACAAAUUUGUUAUAAGAGUGCAACGAAAAGUCCCUGUUUCAAGCGGAAGUGUGGAAGGAAAGAAAAACCAUCCGUAAACAAUAUUUGUUCAAAAAUUCGAACGCAGAAACGUGCAAAACUUUAAAUCUCCGCAAAAAAACAAGGAAAACACACCUCUACUGUACGUUCCCUGUUAUCAUCAUGUCUCUAAAAAUAGAUCAAACACCACGCUUUUCGAAAUGCUUCAAGAGCUAUUCAUUUAUUUUUUCAGACCCUUUUUUGCCGUCGGGGAAAAUACCCAAAGGGAAAAUGAGAGAUUUCGAAGCGGAGAAUACGAAAAUAAUCUAACAAAGAUUUGUGAGUCAUAAGCAUGUGAGAAAGUAGCAUCAGAGAAAAUUGAAAUUGAAAAUUGCGAAAAAAACUUUUUAAUUUUACAUAAACUUACAGAAAAACGGGUGUAAAUCUACGGGAAAUGACCGGCAAUGUAAUCAACGCCCCUCUGGACAUUGCGCAGAAGGUCAAACGCAACGUCUUCGGAUCAGCAGACAACAUUCCAGCGGCCGUAACAGAGAGUAAGAACUAUUUUAAAAAUCCUUGCAUUCAUGGUGACAAGUGUAAGAUCCCGAGUUUAGAUGCCGGUUCGAAUGUGGGACAAUCAAUAUUCUACGAGAACGGGUAUCAGCCACAGUCAACGGCGUCACUAACAGAAGCGUAAGUGUACGCACAGUGCAUUCAGACAGGUUUUCUUGCACUGCACAGUGCAGUUUUAAAAUUUUUUAUUUUUUUUUUUGUUUUUAGGGAACCAAAAAAGAGCGUACAAACUCCCAUUCGGAACGAAAUAGAACCAUCAAAUCGACUAUCCAUCCAUUACGAUGAAAACGAGAUCAACCUCAGGUUGAUGAAGGAAGUGGAACAUCUCAAAACGCAAAAUUCUUCGUUGAAACAUCAACUUGAAAACUUGAAGGUAAAUCUGGACUUUUGUUCAUAAAAAUAUUCUUCCAGAAGGAAUCAGAAAAUGAAGUAAAGACGUUGCGGAUGGACCUAAUUGCUUCAAAUUACAAGAUAACGGUAAGGGGUUUUUUAAAUUUAUCUUUUGGAUUUAGAAACUGGAACAAAGCCUAAAUGAGACGAUGGACCUUCACCAAAAUGAAGUCAAACAGCUGAAGAAUGACUUGAAUUUGAUUGGAACUCGAAUGGAUUAUCAAUAUAACGAUAGGUUCAAGAAAAUAGAAGAGGGAAUUGAGAAUGCGCAGAAUCGAGUGAGUUGCAUGUUUUUUUGUAAAAAAAUAUGCCUGCAAGGCCUCGAAAACGGUCGUCAACCAAUUAUUAUUGCCCAUUGCCUCAUUUGGGCUUCAAUUUCAAGCUUUACGGACCGAGGGAAAGACUUGACUCAAUUUGAGUCAACUCUUUCUCUGGUCAAAGUCAGGCCUUGUGGAUAUUGUAAAGUUAAAGUAUGGUGUCGUGUUGUAUUUUCCUGACCUACUGUUUCAAUUUUCAGAUGUAUCGAAUGGAAACGAAUUGGCAUGAGAACUCGGAGAAACUCCUCGGCGCUGGCCAAAACAUGUGGAAUGCGGUCAUGCUAUCGUUCGCAAACAUUGUCGUAGAGGUCCUGAAGAUCAUCCUAUACGUGGUUGCGGUUGUCUUGGACUCGAUAAAACCGUUUACAGGGACGCGGUAAGUGUAAUAUAAAUUUUGUAGAAAUGUGGGGAAAAUAGUGGUCUCUGGGCAAAUGUUUUGGAUCUGCAUUACCUUUUUUUGCGAUUUGUUUUAUCCUUGUGUAGUUUUUGUUCUUUUUGGAUGUCCAUAUGAGAAUUUAUAGGCGUUUCCACGCUCAAACCCGAUGUUUUCUCUCAUUAUGAUCAAUAAAAAAAUGUUUUCCUUAAAUUGUAAUAUUUUUCCGUUCAGAAGAAGAGCCGGCUUUGUACUACUUGGUAUCCUCUCACUUUUCAUCUUAUGGAAUCUAUUCGGACCUCGCACCGCACCAAUACGACCGCCUAUAUCAACGACUUCCGAGACCCAACCGUCAUGA